AAUAUAACUCUAUAAAGAGAAGAUCCCAAAGAUUUAUUUUUCAAAUCGAUGGCGACGUACUUUCAUGGAACUUCGGAAAUCCAAGCUGACGGAUUACAGACGCUUUAUCUAAUGAACCCUGGCUAUGUCGGAUACUCUGACACCCAGUCCCCAGCAAACAUGGUUUUCCUCAACUCUGCCGGCAAUACCCUCAACCCCUCAAACCUCCCUAACCCAUCACCACCACCAUCAACCAAUCAGAACCACCACUUGGUCGGAAUCCCACUCCAGACCGCCGCCACCAAUUCAGCUUCGUCGCAAGGCCUCAGCCGUCAAUCAGUACAUGCCCAACACGACAUGUCAUCCAUUCAUGGCUUCGUCCCUCGCGUUCACUACAAUCUAUGGACAUCCAUCGACCCCACGGCGGCUGGAAGCCAUCAAACCCACCAACAGCACCAAAUUACUACCACAUCUGCAGCAACAGCAAACAAUUCUGUCGGUGGCAUAACCACCACCGACGUUUCAUCGCAAUUGGGUCUUCGCCGGUCAUUAAUCCCGCCGUCUCAACAAGGGUUGUCUCUGAGCCUCUCGCCACAGCAGCCAGUUUAUAGCUCAUAUCGUUCGGAGUCCGAAAUUCCGGUGGCAACUCAAGCGCCGGUGAUAUCUCCGACGAGCGGUAACGAUAUGAGGAUGUCGGGCGGCGGCGGCGGCUCCUCUUCAUCGGCGUCUGGGAUAUCUGGUGUGCAGAGUGUUCUGUUGGGUUCCAAGUACCUGAAAGCUGCUCAACAACUGCUGGAUGAAGUUGUUAAUGUCAGGAAUGGAAUUAAAAAUGAAUGUUUAAAGGGGAUUAAAGGGCAGAAUAAGAUGAACAGAGAGUCUACUGCUGCAACUGCAGACGGUUCAAGCGUAGCUGAAGGUGAAACAAGCACAAAGCGUGGAACCGACCUCUCAACCGCUGAGAGACAGGAGCUUCAGAUGAAGAAGGCUAAGCUUGUUAGCAUGCUUGAUGAGGUAGAACAAAGGUACAGGCAAUAUCAUCACCAGAUGCAGAUUGUAGUUUCUUCAUUUGAACAGGCAACAGGAUUUGGUUCUGCAAAAACAUACACAGCCCUUGCUCUGCAAACGAUCUCGAAGCAGUUUCGGUGUCUGAAAGAUGCAAUUUCAGGGCAAAUCAGAGCAAAUAGCAAGAGCUUAGGUGAAGAAGAUUGCUUGGGAGGGAAGACUGAAGGUUCUAGACUCAGGUUUGUAGAUCAUCAGCUUCGACAACAACGGGCACUUCAACAGUUAGGAAUGAUCCAACAUAACGCUUGGAGACCUCAGAGAGGAUUGCCCGAGAGAUCUGUUUCUGUUCUUCGUGCCUGGCUAUUUGAACACUUCCUUCACCCAUACCCCAAGGAUUCAGACAAACACAUGCUUGCAAAGCAAACAGGGCUUACUAGAAGCCAGGUCUCUAAUUGGUUCAUAAAUGCUCGAGUUCGUCUAUGGAAGCCAAUGGUUGAAGAAAUGUACAUGGAGGAACUCAAAGAACAAGAACAGAAUGGUGGGUCAGAGGACAAAACAAGUAAAAGUGAACUCAAUGAAGAGUCAGGUUCCAAAUCAACUAACCCACAAGAGAACAGUCCAGUUAGAGCAGCAGAUCAAAACAAAAACCUCAAAAAGUCCAAUCAAGACAUUAAUCCAAAUGCUCCACCACCUGCAAUUUCUAGUCCUUCAACAUCAACAAUGGGUGGAAACAUCCAACUCCAAGCCCAAGGUGGAUUUUCCCUUAUUGGGUCAUCAUCAGAUGUGGAAGUUGGGUUCAUGCAAGGAAGUCCCAAGAAGUCCAGAACCAUUAACUUGCAGAAUUCACUGGGUAUCUUCCCUUCCAUGGAAAUGGAAAUGGAUGUGAAGCCUGGUGAGACAAUAAACAGGGAUUUCUGUGCAAAAUUCGGCGAAGAAAGGCAAAGCAGAGAUGAUUACUCUUUAAUAACAGGAGCAACAAGUCAUGGAGGAGGAGGGUUUGGUGCAUAUUCGAUUGGAGAGCUUGGGAGGUUUGAUGUCCCUAAUCACCAAUUCCCAACAAGGUUCUCUGGCAAUAAUGGAGUUUCACUUACUCUUGGUCUUCCACAUUGUGAAAAUCUUUCUUUAUCAGGAACAACUCAACAGACUUACCUCUCAAACCAAAACAUUCAACUGGGGAGGAGAAUUGAUCAAAUGGGUAAUGCAGAACCUAACGAUUUCUGCGGAAUCAACACUAGUCCAACUUCUCAUCACUCCACUGCUACUUAUGAGAACAUCAAUCUUCAGAACAGAAAAAGGUUUGUAGCUCAGUUGUUACCAGAUUUUGUGGCCUGAAAAAUGGUUCACAACCCUCAUGCAUUGCCACCUCCACAUUCUCCAAUCUCUCACUUCAACCAGCAUUCGAAGAUUUGUCCAAAACCAUUGGAGGGGAGAGAGAGAAUCAAUUAAGGAGAACUCUUCCCCUCCCUCUUGCUUGCUUUCUUUUCUGAGGAAGAUAGGAAUUUUAAGCUAGCCUUUAGUGUAAAUAUAGAAACAAAGUUACUUUUAAUUAGUACAGAUUUAUACUUAGAAGACAAACCAUUUGGUUUUCUUUAUAACUUAGGGGUUCAUAUGAUAAGGUUGGUGAUUGUAUAUUUAUUACCUUUUGAAGAUGAUAGAUAUCAUCAUAAACAUGCAAAUCAGUUAUUGGGUAUACAGAUAUAUAUAUGUUUGUG